UUAUUAAAAAUCAGCUUCUUUUUAACUAAACAGACGAAAUAGCCAGAAAUAAGAGCAAGUCAGUUGCAUGGUUCGUCUCCAACUGUCACACGCAAUCAAGAAGAGAUGAAUAUGUGGAACAGAUGAAGAAAAUUAUUGAUGUUGACAUUUUUGGGAAAUGUGGAAAACCUUGCCCUACAGGCGACGUACUGUGUUCCCCAGAUAUCCCCGUACAGUACAGGUUCUAUUUGUCUUUCGAGAACAGUUUAUGUAAAGAUUACAUCACGUAAAAGCUUUUCAAAUUGUAUACUCAAAAUACAUUCAUUGUGCCAGUAGUUAGAGGUGGAUCCGAUUACAAUAAAUAUCUUCCAAACAACACUUUUAUAAAUACUGCAGACUUCAGAAGCGCAAGAGACUUAGCUUUAUAUUUAAAGCAGCUAAGUGACGAGCCGGUGGCUUACAGUAAAUAUUUAGAAAACAAAAAUAUGUAUGACUUGAAAAAAGGUUUCGACUUGGGUUGUAAGACCUGCACAUUUUUAAACACAAUGAAACAUGAAGGACGAAUUGAUGAUUUAAAGAAAUGGAUGACUGAUGAUAUAUGUCAUCCACCAACAGAUUUGUAGCACUGGGGAUUUGUUCUUUCAUGAAAGUCAA